UCCGGAAGGCGUUGUCGUUGCGUUAUUGAAGCGCUUUUCACGCCUCUGCGUCUCAUCCACGCCGUUUACCCUGCCGUCGGUUAACCAUCCUUCACGAAAGCGUGUUCUCCUUUGCAGUGAACGUUUCUUCAGGCAUUUUUAUUAAUUUAUUUAUAAUUCAUUUAAGAACUCAACUUUUGGCAUCACACGGGCAUCUUCAGUGUAAUGCUGCGGGGAGAAAAGACAUCUUCACCACGUAAACAAAGAUCUCCAUCAAGCUGACGACGUCACUCUUCGGAUUGUUAUCAAGCUGACGUCAUCCUUCCGGUUUUAAUGGGCUGUUAUAAACCUCAUAAAUAGAGUAAACUGAUCUAAUCCCAUAAUCUCAUUGUGGAUUCAACGCUCACCACCAAACCCACUCAGAGAAGCAUGAGCACACACAAGAGACCUGUCCGGGCUCGGCCCGAUUCUGACAUCAGUUUCUCCACGGCCCGUGACCCGAACCCAACAGCUGUGGAAGAGGGCCCCGGUCUCCUGGCCAAGCUGAUGGAGCUUCCUGUAGCCCGUCUGUCCCGGCAGCAGCUGAAAAGGCUGGAGGAGCAUAAGUACAGCAGUGCGGGACGAUCUCUCCUGGAGCCCUUCAUGCAGGGAUACUGGUGCUGGCUGGUGAGCAAAGUGCCUCUCUGGAUGGCGCCGAACCUCAUCACCAUAGUGGGACUUGCUACUAAUAUUAUCAGUACUCUGAUACUGGUAUAUUACUGCCCUACUGCCACCGAACAGGCACCAACAUGGGCAUACUUGGCCUGCGCUUUGGGUCUGUUCAUCUACCAAUCAUUGGAUGCCAUAGAUGGAAAGCAGGCACGACGGACCAAUAGCAGCACACCGCUUGGCGAGCUCUUUGACCAUGGCUGUGACUCCCUUUCUACAGUGUUUGUGGUCCUGGGCACAUGUAUAGCAGUUCAGCUGGGUACUCACCCUGACUGGAUGUUUUUCUGUUGUUUUGUGGGCAUCUUCAUGUUUUAUUGUGCCCACUGGCAGACGUAUGUUUCUGGAACACUGCGCUUUGGCAUAAUUGAUGUGACUGAAGUUCAAAUCUUCAUUAUAAUCUUGUACUUACUGGCUGCCUUUGGAGGAACGGCUUUUUGGCAAUCUGUGAUACCUGUGAUAAAUAUCCAGAUUAAAAUAAUUCCAGCCCUUUUCACUCUUCUGGGUGCCAUAUUCUCCUGCACGAACUACUUCCGGGUUAUAUUCACAGGCGGAAUGGGCAAAAACGGAUCUACUAUUGCGGGAACAAGUGUUUUGUCUCCGUCCUUCCAUAUAGGAGUGGUAAUCACACUUGCUCUAAUGAUUUAUAAGAAGUCAUCAGUGCAGCUAUUCGAGAGACAUCCCUGUCUCUACAUUUUAGCAUUUGGGUGUGUGUCUGCCAAACUCACCAACAGAUUGGUGGUUGCUCAUAUGACAAAGAGUGAAAUGCAUCGUUACGACCUCGCCUUCACCGGACCAGCGCUGCUGUUUCUGAACCAGUACUUCAACAGUUUCAUCAAUGAGUACUGUCUUCUGUGGGUCGCGCUGGUGCUGUCAGCGUUUGAUCUGGUGCGGUACUGCGUGAGUGUCUGUAACCAGAUCGCCACACACUUAAACAUCCGUGUGUUCAGCAUCCAGCCUCCGUCUCCAUCCAGAGUUCAGGCAGACAGCAGAAAUCACCACUAACCUUUCGUCCCCUCUCCCUCAAACACCUCCAGUAGGUCACGCACUUCAGUGAAUGUAAAACAACUCACAGAGACCGAGGCCAAAUGGCUGCAGUUACAAACUUUGUUCUCAUAAUGAAAGAGAGGAUAUUUGAAGGAUGAAAGGGAUUAUUAAAAAGAACAUGCAUCCUACGGUUAGAACACCAUUCAGUUGUCAGUAUUUUUGUUGUUAGAUGAUCAGUUUUGUUUGCCAUAGUUAGAACAUUUGCCAACAUUUUUUCAUUGAUUUUGUUUGUUUUGUGAUUUUGUUUCAUAUUAUUUUUUUCUGUUGUUGUUUUGUUUUGUUUCAUUUUGUUUUGUUUUUGGACCAAGUAUUUUGCCUAGCAGUGUAGAAUUCAUUCCAGUAACAGACAACAAUCCAUCUGAAUGUAAUUUUGUAAUUACAGAUUGCUAUAAUGAUGCUGUAGAUGGCGUUAACUACAAACUUUGUGGCCGUUCACUGCAACAUGAAACGUCAAAAUUAAAACGUAAGCGCCAGUACAUGUCACUGUUGCCAGUACAAAGCAGCACUGUUGUCUGAGAGGAGCAGAGAGCAUUCAGAGUGGUAAGAGAUAACAUCAGAUCUGAUGACAAGAAAAACAGGCUCCGUCAAUAUUUCAGAAAUUUCAAAAAUUUUUACAAGCCCGUUCUCGCCACUGAAUUAAAAAAAAAAAAAAAAGUAAUUAGGACAUUUUUCUCACAA